AAAGAUCACAGACUAGAGCGGGGAGCUCUUUGCCCAGGACGAGCCCCGCCUCACAGCGGAAGCCCAGGCCGGCCGCACAGGUGGAGGAGAGCAGCGCCUUGCCCCGCCUCAGCCCCUUCUCCCUCCACACACACCGCACCCAUGGCCGGGCUGCAACUGGACUUCGGGCCGCUCAAGGAGCCGAUCGGCUUCAUCAAGCUGCUGGAGUGGAUAUUUGCAAUCUUUGCAUUUGCAACAUGCGGCGGAUAUAAAGGCAAAACUGCAUUGAAGGUGACCUGCAACAAUAACGGUAGCGUUCAGGAAUUUCACUCAAACUUCCAAUAUCCAUUCAGGUUGAAUUCUAUUGCCUUGAUACCUUUGAAGACAUGCAAUAGUACUGCUAUCACCUAUCUAGUUGGAGAUUUUUCAUCCUCAGCUGAGUUUUUUGUUGCCAUCGGAGUCUUGGCCUUCCUCUAUUGUAUUGCCGCCCUUGUUAUGUAUGUUGGGUACCUCCAUGUGUAUCGUGAUGGCAAACGUGGUCCAAUAAUUGACUUCAUUGUGACCGUGAUUUUUGCCUUCUUGUGGUUGGUCAGCUCCUCGGCUUGGGGUAAAGGCCUCACUGAUCUCAAAUAUGCUACCAAUCCAGAUACCAUCAAGGACACCAUUGGCCUCUGCAAAAAUCUAGCCGUGUGUGCUUCUGCAGGCGUGUCUGGCAUGGGAAGUUUGAACGUGUCUGUGGUGUUUGGUUUCCUCAAUCUGAUUCUAUGGUGUGGAAAUGCCUGGUUUGUGUACAAAGAAACUAGCUGGCACGCUGAACCAGAGCAACAGCAGGAUCCAGGAAAUGUGGCUCCACCAGCUCAAAUUCCAUAGGCAGCAUUUGAAAGAUUGUUGAGGCAGGUGUUUACAACCUCUACGAUACACUUCGUAUUGCUUAUAACACUGCAGAAACCAUUUGGGAAAUUCUAUUAUACCUGUUGUAUUUGCUGUUUGUGCUGCUGUAUCAUGUGCCUUUCCGGGGUUUGGGCGAGGGAGAGAAGUGAAAAAGAAUGUGUGUAGAUAAAUUUAAGUGUUAAAGUUUCCAAUGAAAGGAUGUUUGGAGAUAUUGUUAACAAAACCAUUUGUGAUCUCAUAACACUGCAAGUACAUAAUACUGUGCAGCCCUUUCAGAAUGGGGCUAAUGUGGAGCUAUUUUCUUUGUGUUGCUGUUCCCUGCAGAGUAUUUUAUCAUGUAUGCAUGAAAGGAACACUGGGUGAAUAGUUGCCAAAUGUACGAUUCUCCUAUCUCAAUGUGAUGGCAAGUUUGAAAGAAAAAUUGUAUGUAUCAAGCCAUUAUGGGAUAUUCAAAGCCCCCCCAUUUCUGAUUAUGAUGUACAAUUUGAUCAAUAGUGAACAAUUGAAUGCAUACAAUCCACAUUGUACUGAAAGUAAAUGUUUUUGCAUACAAGAGUAUUUCUCUUUAAUGGGCUGUGGUCUGCAGCAAAAUUUAAAACAUUGUAUUGAAGAGAAUUUUUACCACAUUUCUCCAGAUGUCUCAUUUUGUUCUGUUUUCUACAGAAAUUAAAUUGAAUUGAUGCUUUGGGGUAUUUUCACAGGUGCUGAGUCAUCACUUUCUUUGCUUCAUAAUAAACGUCACAUUUUCAAGUCUCACAUAGUUCUACCCUAAAAUCUUUUCUAAUUGAGGAAAAUGGCAAAUGUAAUUGUCCUUAUUGCUCACAUUCAGUGUAAAUGGCAAAAUGAAGGUUUAGUUCAACUUGGAAAUAUGUAUGCAUCCACAGCCCAGCUUGCUUAUCAUCUCACAAUCUUAAAAUGCUUUUGCUUCUGACUGGUGCUAUCAUUGACAAAGAAUUGCCAGCAGAAUACCAAAUGUAUUUCAGCUUUUUUUUUUCUUACAUACAUUGCUUCUGUAUUUUUUAUAUUUGGAACUAUGCUUUUGUGUGUUAAUCCACUGCCUAGCUAGGAGCGUGUGGAGGAAGGAACAUCGUGAAAAAGAGAUUAAAACACUGACUUGCCGCAGAUCCCUUUCAUCUGUUUGUCAAUGUAACAAAAAUUCCACGCAUUUGCUGAGCUAUCGUCAGCAGAUACUGGCUUGCACUUUGAAAUCAAAUCCUUAGAACAAUCUAUGUGAUUUAUUUGGCACUGCUGAAUCAUGCAAUACCACUCAAAGCUGCACCAGGCCUUUUGCCAAUCCUUGGUAAACAUUUUGACCCUCUUGAAAUCGUCUGCCGUAUUUAAAAAAAAAGUCACUAUUUAAGAAUUUUUGAAAAAUAAGAGGUUCUGGUGACAAAGACCCUUUUGUGUUUUUUUUUUAAUAUGUUGCUGAAGCAAACUGGUUAAUAGCACACAGUCAAACUUAAUUGUAUCAUAAUUUUUUUUUUUUUAACUUUUAUUAAAGUCUGAGUUGUACAAUU